AGUGACAGUGUGUCAAUGGCUGCAGAUGCGUCGGAAAGGAAAGCUCUUAGAUACAAGCAAACCCUGCUCUAUGGGGAGUACCAAGAAAACCAAGGAGGCUCCGGCAGACGGGAGGCCACACGCCUGCUGACUGAGAGGCAGAUCAAGAAACAUGGGACCCACCACCGCAGCCACGCCAGGACACGGCACGGACACGGACAUGGGCGCCGUGGCCAAAACGGAUACCACAGCCGCCAUCAACACAGCUACUACAGCAGGCAACGGAACAGGCGUCAGUCCAAUAUGGAGACUGACGCUGCUGAGGAGCAAACAGCUGAGCCCGACCUCGCGUCCUCUGUGAAGAAGAAGCGCUCCUACUCCAAGUGUAGAGACUGCAUAGCACGAGUGCAGCGAUUCCUUGUGACCAGGUUGGGAGAGGACUGGAUCUUUCUGGUUCUCCUGGGCAUCACAAUGGCACUGGUCAGCUGGACAAUGGACUACGCCAGUGCAAAGAGUCUACAAGCCUAUAAGUGGAUUCACGGGGAGCUGAGGGGGAACAUCCCCCUGCAGUACCUGGCCUGGGUAUCCUAUCCCCUGAUGUUUAUCCUCUUCUCCUCCCUCUUCUGUCACCUGGUUUCCCCUCAAGCUAUUGGUUCUGGUAUACCAGAGUUGAAGACCAUCCUGAGAGGUGUGGUACUAAAGGAGUAUUUGACUCUGAAGGCGUUCAUUGCCAAAGUCAUUGGUCUGACGGCUGCUCUGGGCAGCGGCAUGCCUGUAGGCAAAGAGGGCCCGUUUGUUCACAUUGCCAGCAUCUGUGCAGCAGUUCUCAGCAGAUUCAUGUCCUUUUUUUCAGGAGUUUAUCAGAAUCCAUACUGUUACACAGACAUCCUGACGGUCGGUUGUGCUGUCGGGGUGGGCUGCUGCUUCGGUACUCCGCUUGGAGGUGUGCUCUUCAGCAUAGAGGUAACAUCUACAUACUUUGCUGUAAGAAACUACUGGAGAGGAUACUUUGCUGCUACAUUUAGUGCCUUCAUAUUCAGAGUGUUAUCCGUGUUUAAUAAAGAUGCAGUAACCAUCACGGCUCUGUUCAGGACAAACUUUCGUAUGGAUUUCCCUUUUGAUCUGCAGGAGCUGCCAGCAUUUGCCAUCAUUGGGAUCUUCUGCGGGUUCCUCGGCGCGUUCUUCGUCUACCUCAACAGACAGGUGGUGCUGUUUAUGAGAAGACCCAAUGCCAUGACCCGCUUCCUGACUAAACACCGACUGCUUUUUCCCGCUGUGGUAACGCUGAUAAUCGCCACCUUGACCUUUCCACCUGGAUUUGGACAAUUCAUGGCAGGAGAGCUGAUGCCCAGAGAGUGCAUCAACUCUCUGUUUGACAACUUCACAUGGACAAAGAUUUCAGGGUCUCCUCCACCGGUCGGUCUGGGCCGCUCUGCUGCCUGGCUGCACCCUGAUGUCAGCGUCUUUGUCAUUCUGGUGCUCUUCUUCCUCAUGAAGUUCUGGAUGUCUGCUGUGGCCACCACCAUGCCCAUCCCAUCCGGAGCUUUCAUGCCGGUCUUCAUCCUAGGAGCUGCAUUUGGCAGGCUGGUAGGGGAGAUCAUGGCCACUCUGUUUCCUCAUGGGAUCGUGUUUGAUGGCAUCCUUUACCGCAUCAUCCCUGGAGGGUACGCAGUCAUCGGAGCAGCAGCGUUGACUGGGGCUGUGACUCACACAGUGUCCACGGCGGUUAUCUGCUUCGAGCUGACAGGUCAGAUCUCCCACAUCCUGCCCAUGAUGGUGGCAGUAAUCCUGGCCAACAUGGUGGCCCAGGGCCUGCAGCCCUCCCUCUACGACUCCAUCAUCCAAGUCAAGAAGCUCCCAUACCUGCCGGAGCUUGGCUUCGGACACAUGAGUCAAUACAACAUCUUUGUAGAGGACAUCAUGGUGACGACGGUGAAGUUUAUGUCGUCUCAGUCCACAUACCGAGAAGUCAAACUCUUGCUGGACUCCACUUCGCUCAAAUCGAUCCCCCUGGUCGACUCAAAAGAUUCUAUGAUCUUAUUGGGCAGCAUUGACAGAGUGGAGCUUCUGGCUCUCUGUGAUUGGUGGUUGUCACCAGAAAGAAGGCUCCUGAUGCAGGGUCGCAGCCUACAGGAGCAGAACCAGUCUCAGAAGCACAGCUGGGAGUCCUUCGCCUUCGUAGAUGAAGAAGAAGAGGAGGAGGAGGAUGAGGAUAGUCCAGUCCAGGAGGAGAGGAACGGUCCCCUGCCUCCUCAGAAGCCCCAGGAGCCUUCCUCAAACCACACUGCUCCUGCUCCUGAAAAAGGUUCUCUGCAGUCUGUGAGGAAAACACUCAGGAAUAUCUUCACCUCUAAGAGCAGGCAGACAGAGGGCCAGUCUCAGGAGCCUUGUCCUCCUCCGCUGUCAGACACAAUGACACCAGAAGAGAUUAAAGCGUGGGAAGAGGAAGAGAUGGACAAGCCGAUGGAAAUCGAUGAGAUACGAGUGGACCCUUCCCCUUUUCAGCUGGUGGAGAGAACAUCGUUACACAAGACCCACACCUUAUUCUCACUGCUUGGCUUAAGUCAUGCUUAUGUGACCAGUACUGGCAAACUGGUGGGGGUGGUGGCACUAAAAGAGCUCCAAAAGGCCAUCGAGGGCUCCACACGCUCUGGUGUCCGGCUCCGCCCUCCUCUGGCCAGUUUUCGUGAUAUCAGCAACCACAACUCGGUCUCUAAACCUCCACCUUCAUCUCCCAACGCCCCUUCCUCUCCGCCCUCCUCCUCUCCUCCCUCACCUGAAAUUGUUGCUCAGGCUCCUCCCCCCUCUCCCCCCACCCCCUCUCAACACCACCACCAUCACAUCCAUGAGAAUGAAACAGAGGUGUUGAUCGAGGGAGUGCCGAGGGAGGUGGAGGAGAGCACCAGUAGCGUUUCGGGGAGCGGCAGCAGCAUGGUGGCCUGCAGCUCGGCCAGCAGGAGCUGCAGCUGCAACAGCAACCUCACCCUCCCUCCUUCUUCUACUCCUCCCCCUGUCCCUUCUUCCUCCACUCCUCCUCCCUCUCCUCCUCUCUCCUCCAUCCGCCUCUCCACCCUACAGAGACUCUUUGAGGAAGAGGAAGACAGUGAUGAUGAGCCUAUGGUUUAG